GCCGGAAGUGGCCCGAGGGGGUGGGGAUUGGGGCUAGCAGGGCUCGCGGCUGGGGCUGAGCGUUGCGCUAAGGCCGCGGCGUUCGCGCGUGAACGCGAUUCCGCAGUUUCAGAAAGAAGCGAGAGCGUCCGCGAGGCUGCGUGUCCAGCGUGUGUCCUGCGUCCUGCCUGACUGGGGGCUCUGCGUGCAGGUCUGCCUUCAGCUUUAUCAGACACCAUGGAGGCCCCUCCAGUCACCAUGAUGCCUGUCACCGGGGGCGCCAUCAACAUGAUGGAGUACCUGCUGCAGGGAAGUGUUUUGGAUCACAGUCUGGAAAGCCUCAUCCAUCGCCUCCGUGGGUUGUGCGACAACAUGGAACCUGAGACCUUCCUGGACCACGAGAUGAUGUUCCUCCUCAAGGGCCAGCAGGCCAGCCCGUUUGUCCUGAGGGCCCGGCGUUCCAUGAGCAGGGCAGGGGCACCCUGGCACCUGCGCUACCUGGGGCAGCCAGAGAUGGGGGACAGGAACCGCCACGCCCUGGUGCGGAGCUGCGUGGAUAUCGCCACAUCUGAGAACCUCACUGACUUCUUGGUGGAGAUGGGCUUCCGCAUGGACCAUGAGUUUGUCGCCAAGGGUCACUUGUUCCGCAAGGGCAUCAUGAAGGUUGUGGUGUACAAGGUCUUCCGCAUCCUGGUGCCAGGGAACACAGACAGCACUGAGGCCUUGUCCCUCUCCUACCUGGUGGAGUUAAGUGUCGUGGCCCCUGCUGGGCAGGAUAUGGUCUCUGAGGAUAUGAGGAAUUUUGCUGAGCAGCUGAAGCCUCUGGUUCACCUAGAGAAGAUCGAUGCCAAGAGGUUCACCUGACUAAAGGGACCUGCCCUCACUGUUGGCAAGAAGAUAUUCCAGGGGGAAGUGGAAUCAACUUCCAGACAGAAGAGUCUCCAUUGUCUCACCAUCCCCUGGGCUUCAUCAUACAGGCUGAAGCUGCGAAGCGAAGGGUAUGUGUGAUUCUGCAGCUGGGAUCCACACUCCCUCGGCCUUCUGAUUUGGGGCGAGUUUUUCACCAGUUGGAGUAAAAUCUGCCAGUUCCUAGUUGUAACUUUGAUAGGUGGUAGUUUCCACUUUUCGUAUCACAUUUGCCGUUAAUCAGAAAUAAUAAAAAACAUCCCACUAUUC